AUGCCUGCCCCCUCCAUACGUAGCCGCCUCUUCUCCCCGACCGAAUCACAACCAUUCGGCCGCUCCAAGGCCAAGGCCGAUCCCGCCGUCGCCGCCAGCCGGCGAUUGAAUGACAGCCGUCGCGCGCUGCUCAAGGAGAUUGACAAUGCUCACUUUUCAUGGUUCCAUGUGAAAGUCGCGCUCGUCUCGGGUGCAGGCUUCUUCACGGACGCCUAUGACAUAUUUGCCAUCAACAUCGUCUCGGUCAUGUUGGGCUACCUCUACGAGGGAGGCACUGAUGGCACUCUUGCCGCAUUACCGCGACGCGCCCUCACCACCUCGCAGGAGGUGGGGAUCAAAAUCGCGACGCCCGUCGGUGUUUUGCUGGGGCAGCUGCUGUUCGGCUGGCUCGGCGACAAGCUCGGUCGGAAACGUAUUUAUGGCGUGGAGCUCUUGAUUAUCAUGGUCGCGACUUUCGCGCAAGCACUGUGCGCACCCGCGGUCGGUAUCAGCUUCGUCGGUGUCAUCAUCUUCUGGCGAUUCGUGAUGGGCAUAGGUAUCGGUGGUGACUAUCCUAUUAGCGCAGUCAUCUCUUCAGAAUUCUCCUCUGUGCAUAUCCGUGGACGUGUUAUGGCCGCUGUGUUCGCAAAUCAGGGGUGGGGUCAACUCACGGCCACCCUCCUUUCCUUCGUCGUCGUCUCUGCAUACAAACAUUCUUUCCUCGAGGACACCUCUCCCGAGGUCUUCCGCUCCCUCGACCGGAUAUGGCGCCUCAUCAUCGGCUGUGGCUGCGUCCCCGCCGCUAUCGCACUGUACUUUCGCCUCACCAUCCCCGAGACCCCUCGGUUCACCAUGGACAUCGAACGCAAUCUGAAACAGGCCACGCUAGACACUGCAACAUUCCUCAGCAGCGAUGAAGGCUACACCGUCGACCCUGAUGCGCUCGCACAGAGGGUCCGCGCCCGCCAGGCAACGAAAGACGACUUCCGGUCCUACUUCGCCAAGUGGGAAAAUAUGAAGGUGCUCAUCGGUACUGCUUAUUCGUGGUUCGCACUCGAUAUCGCAUUUUACGGCCUGGGCCUCAAUUCUUCGAUCAUCCUUGGGGCCAUUGGAUUCGGACCUCCGAGCCCUAGCAAGAAUCCAGGUGCAGUUGUCUGGCAGACGCUGCGGAACCUGAGUCUUGGGAACCUCAUCCUGUCGGUGGCUGGCCUCGUUCCCGGGUACUGGGCGACGUUUUUCUUCAUCGACCGCUGGGGCCGAAAGCCAAUCCAGUUCAUGGGCUUCUCCGCCCUCACCGUGCUCUUCGUCGUCAUGGGUUUCGCGUACAAUAAGCUGACUGCGACCUCGGGUGGGCGAAUCGGGUUCGUGGUGCUCUACUGCUUCGCGAACUUCUUCCAAAACUUUGGGCCAAACUCGGUCACGUUCAUCGUACCUGGUGAAGUGUUCCCGACGCGAUACCGCGCGACGGCGCACGGUAUCUCGGCCGCAAGCGGCAAGUUCGGCGCCGUCGUGGCGCAGCUCGCGUUCCAGUGGCUCAAGGACGUGGGCGGCACGAACAAGUUCUUACCGCACAUUCUAGAGAUCUUCGCGUUCUUUAUGCUUACCGGCUUACUGUCGACGACGCUCAUCCCCGAGACGGCGCAGAAGUCGCUGGAAGUACUCUCAAACGAGAGCCAAGACGACUUCAUCCAAGGCUCGCCCGCUUCACCCUUCCCCUCUCCCGUCCCGACACCGUCCCCCGAGGGCAGCGUCGUGGGCUACGUCGGCGAGUUCCAGAUGUCGCCCAUCAAGCUCCACCCGAUCACCCACCUCCCCGCGCGCCCCGUCCCGACGUUCGCCCCGGCGCACAAGCCGCGCUCGCGCUCGGACAUGUCGCACUUCGCGAGCCUCUCGGACCUGUCCAUGAGCUCGACACAGCUCCUGCGCGACCGGACGCCGACGUGA